AUGCGUCGAGAGGAGGAGAGGCCCCUAACACCAUCCAGAGUGGAGGAGCGGCGACAUCCGAAGGAGGUGGCGCAGGGGAGUACGGAGGGCGAGGGGGACAGUGGAGAGGAGGAUGAGCCGUGGAGAGUGCGCCUGGGGAGAAGGGCGAGGCGGCGGCUGAGCGGUGGCUCCCCCGGCGGCGGGAGUCCGGCGGCCGCGGGGCGGGACCCGGUGCCCGGCCUUCCCCCGUUGCAAGCGCCGGCGAACUUAAAUUCAUUAAUGAGACCGUACACGGUCCAAGUUCAGCGGACUUUGAUCCGCGCUGUUUCAGGGGAUGGAGCGGGGGUCCCACCUCAGGGGACUAGCGUGGAGGGAGCAUCGGGAGUGCGUGCUGGACGACCUGGAGGACCAGGAGGCGUCAGUCAUCCGAGUGCUCCGGAGGGUGUCCCUGGGGUGAUGGGUCGUCGGCGGAGAGGACACGCAGCCGGCGGCGUCGGGGCUGGCAGGGAGACACCGGCGGGUCCGAGGAGCAGCGGAGGCGGGAGGCACCUCCGAGGCCUGCGGCGUGCCGCCGGCCCGUCUGCCCAGCCAUACGGUGGCCGAUCUGUCCCUGCGGCAGUCGCAGGACUCCGCAGACGGCGGCGAGUGGCCGCUCGCGAUGUGCUGGUUGGGCGUGCCGAGGCCGUCACCUCGAUUGCGGACCUGGAGGAGUUUGCGGCCUCGGUCGCGGCUUUCCUCGGGGAGGAGGCAUCGGGGAGGGUUGAUGGGGGUGCAUCCGGCGUCCGCGACCGUCCAGUUCGGUCGCGUGAGGCGGGGGAGCGGCGCGGCGAGGGAGGGGUGUUGGUGGGAGACGGUGGCGGUGUAAGGGGGGAAAGAGGGUCGGCACCGGCUGGCCCUCUGCAGUCGGGAGAAGGACGCGGCGGCUGGGUGCGCGAGGCCACGCGCGUGCAGGCGCUGUACAGGACGAACCGACGCAAGGCGGUCAGAGAAGUAUUGCAGAGGCCCGUAGAAUUCUGCCAAGUGCCGAAGGAUCGGGUUCAUGCGUACUUCGAGCGGCUGUAUCGCGGAGGGGAGGAUCUGGACGGUUCCAGCGCGGGGGCUGAGCCCACUGAUCCCUCGGUCGAUGGGGGGGAAUACGCGUACCUCAUGGAUCCCUUCACGGAGCGAGAAGUGGACCGUCGGCUCCGGCGUAUGACGAAUUCUGCGCCGGGUCCCGACGGUAUCACGUACCGUGACCUCCGUGGAGCGGAUCCUGGGGCGCGACUCCUCACUGCGCUGUUUAACGCGUGCUAUCGGCUCGAGGCAGUCCCCGCGUUCUGGAAGACCUCCAACACCGUAUUGGUGUACAAGAAAGGGGAUCGCGACUCUUUAGAAAACUGGCGCCCUCUCGCACUGGGAGACACCGCCCCCAAGCUUUUUGCCGCGCUCAUCGCCGAUCGUAUGAUCGAAUGGGCGGUCGCCAACAACAAGCUCUGUCCGGCUCAGAAGGGGUUCCUGCGGGACGAGGGGUGUUUUGAACACAACUUCGUUCUUCAGGAGGUUCUGACUGAUGCCCGGCGGACUCGACGGCAGGCGGUCGUCGCGUGGCUGGACCUAUCCAAUGCGUUUGGUUCGGUCCCGCACGCGGCGAUCCGCCGCGCUCUCGUUCGCUCCGGCGUGCCGGGGGGUCUCGUCAAUGUAUGGAACUCCAUGUAUGACGGGUGCUCCACGCGGGUCCGAACCGCUGAGGGCUACACCACUCCUGUCCUUAUUCGCUCGGGUGUGCGGCAGGGUUGUCCGCUGAGCCCGAUUGUAUUUGACCUUGCUAUCGACUCGGUACUGCGUGCAGUUACCGCGGUCGAUGUGGGGUUCGAUCUGUUGGGCUCUCGUCACAGUAUUGUGGCGUACGCGGACGACAUUGCACUCGUCGCAGAUACGCCUGAGGGAAUGCGGCGGCUUUUGGCCGUCGCGGAGGGCGCGGCGUCGUCGGUGGGGUUGCGGUUCAACCCUGCCAAAUGUGCCACCCUGCAUCUCGCCGCGGGCUCUGGCGACAGGGUCCUGCCGACGACGUUCGUCAUCCAAGGACAGCCCGUUCAUUGCCUUGCAUCUGGUGAGCCUUAUAGACAUCUUGGUGUCCCGACCGGGUCCUCGGUCGACCAAACACCAUUUGUCACAAUUGGGGGCCUCCUCGAGGAUCUCCGAGCGGUGGACCAAUCUCUCCUCGCUCCGUGGCAGAAGUUGGAGUUAGUGGCCACCAACAUCUUGCCACGGUUGGAUUUUCUGCUGCGGGGCGCCACAGUGGAGAAAAAACCCCUGAAGGCCGCCGACCUGCAGGUCCGGCGGAUGGCCAAGUCCUGGCUCAACCUCCCGCAGAGAGCCAGUGCGGAGGUUGUCUACCUCCCCCCGAGAGUCGGGGGUUGUGGACUGCUUCCGCUAGCUGACCUUGCGGAUAUCCUGUCCGUGUCGCAUGCCUUCCGUAUGCUUACGGCUGGCUGCGACGCGGUCAGGAAUCUCGCGUGGGCGUCUCUGCGGGGAGUUGUAGCCAGGCGCAUUGGCGGUCCUCCGACCAACGAGGACGUCGCGGCUUUCCUCUCGGGCUCACUCGAGGGGAGGCUGCGAGGCGGGGGUGAAUCCUCCCUGUGGUCGAGGGCGAGGAAUGCUGCGAGGAGGCAGUCCGAAAGGUUACUCCUUCGGUGGCGGUGGUGUGAAGCGACCGAGGAGCUGAUAAUCGAGUGCCGGGGUCCCAGGGGCGACGUGGUAAAAGUCCCACCUGGUGCUCGCAACCAGGUGGUGACCCGUCUGCGCUCGGCGGUGGCGGCGUAUUAUUUCAAUUCGCUAAUAUCCAAACCGGACCAGGGGAAGGUGUUCGAGGUGUCGUCGCGGGCUGGGGUGAGCAAUCACUUUGUCCGCGGCGGCAGCUUCACCCGCUUCGCCGACUGGCGAUUUAUACACCGAGCCAAAUUGGAUGUCCUCCCACUCAACGGUGCACGCCGUUGGGGGGAGGCAGACCGAAGGUGUCGGCGUUGCGGGUUGGCAGCCGAGACCCUUCCCCAUGUCUUAAACCAUUGUGGGGUCCAUUCUGCCGCCAUACAGCUGAGGCACGACGCCGCAUUGCACCGCCUCUGGAAGGCUUGCCGGAUGCCGGGAGAUAAGCGGGUGAAUCGGCGAGUUGAGGGAAUUGACGGGGAACCUGGGGAGCUACGACCUGACCUUGUGGUCAGGCACGAGCCCUCCAAGUGUGUCGUCAUAUGCGACGUCGCGGUGCCCUUUGAAAAUCGCUGGGAGUCGUUCGAGGAGGCUAGGGCGAGGAAAGUUGCCAAAUACUCGUCCCUAGCGGAGGCGCUCCAGCGCGAAGGGUACCGCGUUGUCGUGACGGCCUUCGUCGUCGGUUCCUUGGGCUCGUGGGAUCCGGCCAACGAGGCGGUGCUUCGGGUGUUGCACAUUGGCAGUGCAUAUGCCUCUUUGUUGCGCCGUCUCGUUGUCUCGGAUUCCAUCCGCUGGUCCAGGGAUAUCUACGUGGAGCAUGUGUCUGGCGUUCGCCAGUACGCCGCACCUUCACGCCCCUCUGCUGGUGGGGUGCCCGCUACGCCCCCCCGCGCGUUUCGCCGGCGCGGGCCCGCCGAGCAGGAGCGGCACUAG